UUAACAAAAGGAUGUAUAGAUAGAAAUAUACUUUUUAUUGUUUCCUCUAUAAGAUUACAGUAGUAAAUUUAUUAAAACUAGCUACAAACAAUUACAAGAAAUGUUCACACUGAGAAAACAUAAAAAAGAUUUUUGAAAAUUACUACUUAAAGGGGAAACACGACACCACAAAUCCAAUACCGCGGUAAUAGUUAAUAAAUAAUUAAAUUAAAUAAGUACAGACAAUAUACUAAUUUGAAGGAAAAUGGAAAAAUAUUUACAGCUAAUUAUUCGGAGUAAUAGACCCACAGGAAAUAAUUACGACAACUUUAUUUGUUUAAUGCCAAACUAUAUGACUCGUAUGAAAUAUUAAGUCUAAUGCAAACAAAAAUAUUACGCGCUUAUAUCCACAAAUGGUUUGCGUAGGAAAUAAGGUUUUCAUUACAAUGAAAAUAGUACAAGAUAAACGACGGAACUGCAGCAAAGUGUGUGAUAUGUAAGAUACGACAAAAAAGGAAAUUUUAACGAAAUGAACGACCUAUACGGAUUAUUGUCCCUGAUGCUAGCAAGCUUUCCGCUACUGACAUCAGCGGACGUCGACUGCGGUGACAAGCCUUUUCACUGCAUUAAUUCGACACACUUCAAUGUGUGUGUAGAUUUAGGAACAGGCACAUUGAGGACGAUUGACAGUGUUACAAUUCAGUGUCCAGAUGGAACCGUUUGUUUAGAAACAAAUUUUUAUGAAUGUGAAUUUCCAGUGACUUCAACACCAGUGUUAAAGACUAGUGAAGUGACAAAAGUUAUUGAUAUGUUUGGAGCUAUUUCAACGGACAAAAUAAAUAUAAGUUCUUCUAAACAUGAAAAUAGUGAUUCAACUUAUAAUACUGUGGCUACAACAACUUUAUCAGAAGUUGAAAGGAUAAAAGAUGGGAGAGCAGCGUCGGAAAUUACACCUCAAGGUGAUUAUACCACUACACCUUAUUUAAUUGCAAACAAAAGUUUACCGGUCAGUAAUGAAGCGAAUCUUAAACCAUUUGUUAAUAAAGCUAAACAAAAUAUAACUGAAGGUAAUAUACCGAAAUUGCCAAGUGACGAUAUAUACAGUACAACUAUUGUAUCUAAUAUGUUAUCCGAAGAAUUUUCUACAAAGUAUAAUCAAAAUAUAACACCAUUAGAAGAAAAUAUAAUCGAUGAUACAAUCAACGAAAAUUCAAAUGAUAAUGUACUAACAGGAAUUGAUACUACGGUAACAUACAUGCCAAAAGUACAAAAUAAUAAUUAUUUAACAGAUAAUUACUUAAAUUUGUUUAAAAAUGAAUUUACUGUAUUUAAUAACUCAAUUCUUUCUAAUGCUCCGCCAACGGAGUAUUUGAUAAGCAAUAAUACGUUUAAUAUAGAUGAAUUGCAUGAUAAAUUAAUUAGUUCAUUUGAGACAGAAAGUACAGACAUUUCCCUGGAUAUGAUUGCAGAUUUCAUAGAUGAUGGUAUUUUAAAAAAUACAGGCUUUUCCAGAGACGUAAAAGGAGAUAAUGAUAUUUUAAUUUCAACUGCCAAUAAAGUCAUAGUUGAAAUAGAAUCUUUAAACACUCAGCCAGUACAAAUCUCAUCUACAUAUUUGUCAUCUACGGCAGAUUAUAUAACUGAAAAUAUACCGGAAUUUAAACAAAGCUUAACAGGUAUCAGUUCUGAAACACACACUUUAUCGAUAAUUUCCCACGAUAUAACUACAGAAUCCAUAGACGAUAUCAUUUUAACUUCAACCAUCGAUAAAAUAGAUUCGUCAACCACAAAACCGUCUGCACAAACCCUAACUACAUACAAACCAUCUACAGUAGAUUUUACAACUGAAAAUAUACCGGAAAUUAAACAAAGCUCAACAGGUUUCAGUUCUGAAACUCUCACUUCAUCGAUAAUGUCCCAUGAUAUAACUACAGAAUCCAUAGAUGAUAUCAUUUUAACUUCAACUAUCGAUAAAAUAGAUUCGUUAACCACAAAGUCGUCUGCACAAACACUAACUACAUAUUUACCAUCUACAGUAGAUUUUAUAACUGAAAGUAUACCGGAAAAUAAACAAAGCUCAACAGGUUUCAGUUCUGAAACUCUCACUUCAUCGAUAAUUGCCCAUGAUUUAACUACAGAAUCCAUAGAUGAUAUCAUUUUAACUUCAACUAUCGAUAAAAUAGAUUCGUUAACCACAAAGUCAUCUGCACAAACACUAACUACAUAUUUACCAUCUACAGCAGAUUUUACAACUGAAAGUAUACCGGAAAUUAAACAAAGCUCAACAGGUUUCAGUUCUGAAACUCUCACUUCAUCGAUAAUGUCCCAUGAUAUAACUACAGAAUCCAUAGAUGAUAUAAUUUUAACUUCAACUAUCGAUAAAAUAGAUUCGUCAACCACAAAGCCGUCUGCACAAACGCUAACUACAUACAUACCAUCUACAGUGGAUUUUACAAUUGAAAGUAUACCGGAAAUUAAACAAAGCUCAACAGGUUUUAGUUCUGAAACACUCACUCCAUCGAUAAUUUCCCAUGAUAUAACUACAGAAUCCAUAGAUGAUAUAAUUUUAACUUCAACUAUCGAUAAAAUAGAUUCGUCAACUACAAAGCCGUCUGCACAAAUGCUAACUACAUACAUACCAUCUACAAUGGAUUUUACAACUGAAAGUAUACCGGAAAAUAAACAAAGAUUAACAGAUUUCAGUUCUGAAACACUAACUUCAUCGAAAAUGUCCCAUGAUAUAACUACAGAAUCCAUAGAUGAUAUCAUUUUAACUUCAACCAUCGAUAAAAUAGAUUCGUCAACCACAAAACCGUCUGCACAAACCCUAACUACAUACAAACCAUCUACAGUAGAUUUUACAACUGAAAGUAUACCAAAAAUUAAACAAAUCUCGACAAUUUUAAGUUCUGAAACACUCACUACAUCCAUAAAUUCCCAUGAUAUAAUGGCAGAAUCCAUAGACGAUAUCAUUUUGACUUCAACCAUCGAUAAAUUAGAUUCGUCAACCACAAAGUCAUCUGCACAAACGCUAACUACAUAUUUACCAUCUACAGCAGAUUUUACAACUGAAAGUAUACCGGAAAUCAAACAAAGCUCAACAGGUUUCAGUUCUGAAACUCUCACUUCAUUGAUAAUUUCCCAUGAUAUGACUACAGAAUCCAUAGAUGAUAUCAUUUUAACUUCAACUAUCGAUAAAAUAGAUUCGUCAACUACAAAGCCGUCUGCACAAACCCUAACUACAUACUUACCAUCUACAGCAGAUUUUACAACUGAAAGUAUACCGGAAAAUAAACAAAGCUCAACAGGUUUUAGUUCUGAAACUCUCACUUCAUCGAUAAUUUCCCAUGAUGUAACUACCAAAUCCAUAGAUGAUAUCAUUUUAACUUCAACUAUCGAUAAAAUAGAUUCGUCAACCACAAAGUCGUCUGCACAAACACUAACUACAUAUUUACCAUCUACAGCAGAUUUUCCAACUGAAAGUAUACCGGAAAUUAAACAAAGCUCAACAGGUUUCAGUUCUGAAACUCUCACUUCAUCGAUAAUUUCCCAUGAUAUAACUACAGAAUCCAUAGAUGAUAUCAUUUUAACUUCAACUAUCGAUAAAAUAGAUUCGUCAACCACAAAGCCGUCUGCACAAACGCUAACUACAUACAUACCAUCUACAGUGGAUUUUACAAUUGAAAGUAUACCGGAAAUUAAACAAAGAUUAACAGAUUUCAGUUCUGAAACACUCACUUCAUCAAUAAUUUCCCAUGAUAUAACUACAGAAUCCAUAGACGAUAUCAUUUUGACUUCAGCUAUCGAUAAAAUAGAUUCGUCAACCACAAAACCGUCUGCACAAACCCUAACUACAUACAAACCAACUACAGUAAAUUUUACAACUGAAAGUAUACCGGAGAUUAAACAAAUCUCAACAAUUUUAAGUUCUGAAACACUCACUACAUCCAUAAAUUCCCAUGAUAUAACUGCAGAAUCCAUAGACGAUAUCAUUUUGACUUCAAUCAUCGAUAAAAUAGAUUCGUCAACCACGAAGCCGUCUGCACAAACCCUAACUACAUACAUACCAUCUACAGCAGAUUUUACAACUGAAAGUAUACCGAAAAUCAAACAAAGCUCAACAGGUUUCAGUUCUGAAACUCUCACUUCAUCGAUAAUUUCCCAUGAUAUAACUACAGAAUCCAUAGAUGAUAUCAUUUUAACUUCAACUAUCGAUAAAAUAGAUUCGUCAACCACAAAGCCGUCUGCACAAACGCUAACUACAUACAUACCAUCUACAGUGGAUUUUACAACUGAAAGGAUACCGGAAAUUAUACAAAGCUCAACAGGUAUUAGUUCUGAAACACUCACUUCAUCGAUAAUUUCCCAUGAUAUAACUACAGAAUCCAUAGAUGAUAUCAUUUUAACUUCAACUAUCGAUAAAAUAGAUUCGUCAACCACAAAGCCGUCUGCACAAACCCUAACUACAUACAUACCAUCUACAGCAGAUUUUACAACUGAAAGUAUACCGGAAAUUAAACAAAGCUCAACAGGUUUCAGUUCUGAAACUCUCACUUCAUUGAUAAUUUCCCAUGAUAUAACUACAGAAUCCAUAGAUGAUAUCAUUUUAACUUCAACUACCGAUAAAAUAGAUUCGUCAACUACAAAGCCGUCUGCACAAAUGCUAACUACAUACAUACCAUCUACAAUGGAUUUUACAACUGAAAGUAUACCGGAAAAUAAACAAAGAUCAACAGGUUUCAGUUCUGAAACUCUCACUUCAUCGAUAAUUGCCCAUGAUUUAACUACAGAAUCCAUAGAUGAUAUCAUUUUAACUUCAACUAUCGAUAAAAUAGAUUCGUCAACCACAAAGUCGUCUGCACAAACAUUAACUACAUAUUUACCAUCUACAGUAAAUUUUACAACUGAAAGUAUACCGGAAAUUAAACAAAUCUCAACAAUUUUAAGUUCUGAAACACUCACUACAUCCAUAAAUUCCUAUGGUAUAACUGCAGAAUCCAUAGACGAUAUCAUAUUGACUUCAACCAUCGAUAAAAUAGAUUCGUCAACCACGAAGCCGUCUGCACAAACCAUAACUACAGACUUUGCAUUUUUAGUAGAUUAUGAUACAUCAGCAAUUAUCCGGGAAAUAACUACAGGAUCUAUAAAUGAUAAUAUAUUAACUUCUAAUAUCGAUGAAUUAGAUCCGCUAAUCACAGAACCUUUUGCACAAACCCCACCUGCCCACUUAACAUCCAGAAAAGAUAUAAUAAUUGAAAAUAUAUCGGAAAUUUCAGAAAGCUUAAUGUCACCAGCUUUCGAAACUCGUGAUAUAUCAAAAAUUUCCCGAUAUACAACUGCAGAAUUUAUAGAAGAUAUUACAUUAACUCCAACUAUUGACAAAGUAGUUGGUGAAAUUGAUUCGUCAACCACGGAGUCGACUGCACAAAUUCUAAUUACAGACUUAUCGUCUACAGUAGACUUUAUAACUGAAAGUAUAGCAGAAGAUACACAAAGCUUGUCACUGUCAACUUUAAAAUCUAAUAUAUCCAAUAAUAUAGACAGUUCUUCAGAAAUUUUAAAUACAAUAAAAAAUAAAAGUAAAUCACCAUUUGUUGAAUUCGAAGAACCUUCUUCAACUGGUAAUAUAGGUACAUUUGAUAUAACAUAUAAUAAUUCAGAAUCUAUGUUAAAAACAGAAGGUAAGACGAAAAGUCUACCUGAUAUUCUAACAGAUAUAACACGUAAUAGUUCUACCACAUCAACUAGUCACAGUAAUGAGUCAAGUGUUUUAAAAAAUAAUUCAAAACAGGGCGGAAUAAUUUCAUUGAAGACGUACAGUACAGAAAAUUCAAGAGAAAAUACUUUGGAUAUUAAUAAUAAACAAAAUACUACAACUUCUUAUAUAUUAAAGAAAGAUAAAUCUGUACAUGAAAGGUUGCAGUUUACGAGUCCUUUGCCACACAUAGAAACCACUACAUUGGAUAUACCAAUACUUACGACGAAUAUAGGCUAUCCUACAACUUCAUUAAAUAAUUUAUUACAGCAAAAUAUAAACGCGACACAAUAUAAUAUCCAACAAAGUAAUAUAAGUACUUUUAUUACAGAUCCUAAUGAAUCAAGAUUUUUUAAUUCAUCAGAAAUAGAUUUUAAAAAUGAAAUAAAAUUAGAAAACUUUACUGAAAAUUUACAAAUUACUACAGAAAAUCGUUUACAAGUUAUAACAAAUAAGAGUAACAUAACAAAUAAUAAAGAAACUAACAUACUAUCUCAGCCUUUAAUCACAAUUGAUAAUCGAAAAUCUCAACACAAUUCUCAAUAUGACGGAUUAUCAAAUUUAAAUCAACACAACUUUACUCAGUUAGUAAAACCAAAUAUGACAGAAAAACCAAUAACAAGUGUAUAUUCAGUACUAAAAUCGAAUUUUAGUUGCCGUAAUCGCAAAAAUGGAAAAUAUGGAGAUAAUAAUGAUUGUAGCACAUUUUAUAUUUGCAUUGGAAGACAAAAUCCUAUCAAGAGAAAAUGCCCAGUAAACACAGUGUUUAGUGAAAUUAGAAAGCAGUGUACAAAUAAUUUGUCACAUUGUAUUAGAAAUAAUACAUUUCGUUGUUUAUCUGAAGGACGAUUCUCUGAUAUAUUUAAAGAUAAAUUUUAUUAUAUAUGUAUAAAAAAUAAUAGUAGUUUCAUCAGAUACAAGUUUCAGUGUGCAGAUGGUUUUCAUUUAAAUAAAACAUCUGUAAAAUGUAUUAAAGAUAUAGAAAUUUCACAGUCUGAAGAUAGCUUAAGUAAAAAUAGCAGUGAAAAGAGUAUAUUUGAAGCAAAUUCUUCGGAGAAGUCUGAUAAUUACCACAGUAAUAAGUUUGAGUGCAAGGAAGCAGGCAAAUUUGCAGAUCCUACCAAUUGCAGAAAAUAUUAUGAGUGUAUAAAAAAGAAAUCUCGAUUUCGUAGGAAAUCUAAAAAGUGUAAAAAGAACAAAGUUUUUGAUAGAGAUAAGAAAACAUGUGUAGAUAAUGAAAGUUACGAAUGCUAAUUGGCAAUGUUAAUUUAAAUUAGGUAGUUAAUUUCUAGCGACAAGGUAUAACAAUUACUUAUAAGGUAGUAAUAAUUACCCAGAAUGUUAUAUGAAUGUUGGUACCUGAUAUCUAUUGAAACUCGUUUGAUGUACGAGUAUAAUAGCUAUUUAAUUUUGUUUAUUUUUAGUAAUAAUCUAAAGUGUAAUAUUUAUUUGCAUUUAUAUUAUUUAAAAUUUAUAUAAUUUCAACUUUUAACCUUUCAAAAUAAUCUGUUUCAAUGAAACAUAUUGAUAAGAUAACAAGGUUUAGUUAAAAUUAUUAAAGGAAGAACAGGAAUUUAAUAAAUAAUCGAAACAUUAGAUUUUUUAUUAUAAACAGUUAUAUAUACUAUUGAAUAUAAACAGUUUUAUGCUCGGGUUAAUUUUUCAUUUGCUUACAUGUUCAUUAGAUUUUUUUGGAACAGAUUAUGACACUAUCAU